GUUGCCGUAGCUGACAUCCUAGGAGCAGAGCAGGGAACUUGACAUGUCAACAAAACAGAUAAAUUAUCACCACACAGGCAUGUAAGGGUGUGCGCAGUGUGGAAAAGCCUCACAGGUAACCUCACCUGGACCUAGACCUCCUCCACCAGCAUCUUCAUCUACUGUCUCCAUGACAACCCCUCCGCUAGUGUCGCCUUUUGGCGGGCAGCCCCCGCCACCCCAGCAGCAGCAGCAGCAGCAAGCCCAGGCGGCGCGUGAUGUAAACACGGCCUCGCUGUGUCGCAUCGGUCAGGAGACGGUCCAAGACAUUGUCCUCAGGACGAUGGAAAUCUUCCAGCUCCUCAGGAACAUGCAGCUGCCCAAUGGUGUCACUUACCAUCCCAACACCCACCAGGACAGGCUGAGUAAACUCCAGGAGCAUCUACGGAUGCUCUCUGUGCUGUUUCGCAAGCUGCGCCUCGUCUACGACAAAUGCAAUGAAAACUGUGCCGGGAUGGACCCCAUACCUCCAGAGCAACUGAUACCCUUUGUGGAGGAUGACAGCUCUAAACACGAGGAUCGCUCGGCUGGCCAGAGCCGCCCCGCCACCGAGGAGAGGAGAGAAAUCCUGGAGGUCAACAAGAAACAUCCAGCUCCUCUGUGUCUCCUUCCAAGUACGGGAGACCUCAAGGGUCCAUUCUCGGCCCUCUGUUAUUUUCCAUUUAUAUGCUCCCCCUCUGUCACAUCCCUCAGAACCAUGGUAUCUCCCAUCGCUGUUAUGUGUAUGACACACAGCUAUAUGUCCCCCUCCAGUCCAGUAAGUCAUUAGAUAACCUUCUUACCUGUAUAAGUGAUCAGUUGUUGGAUGUCACAUUUAUUUUUUAAAUUCAACAAUGACAAAACUGAAAUUUUAGCCAUAGGUCCAACUAACUCAGGCAUCCUGAUUUGCAGCAAACUUGGUUCCCUUUCUCUUAAUUUGAAGCAAACUGUAAAAAGUCUUAGUAUAAUAUUUGAUGAAGAGCUUUGUUUUGAUGCUCAAAUAAAAAAUGUUGUUCAGUCCUUCUUCUGCCAGCUUGAAAAGAUUUCUCAAAUUGGACAAUUCUUGUCUUCCCCUGACUUGCACUAGGUAAUACAUGCUUUCAUUUUUUCUCACCUUGACUACUGCGAUGCACUUUAUGCUGGUUUAAAUCAGAGUUUCCGUCACCGACUCCAACUGGUCCAAAAUGCUGCCACCUGAAUUUUAACAGGCUCAGAAAAAUUUGAACACAUUACUCCCAUUUCUGCAAAUUUACACUGGCUGCCUAUUUCCUACUGCAUCAAUUUUAAAAUUUUAAUGAUCACUUUUAAAACAAUGCAUGGACAUUCCCCAAAUUACAUUAAAGAAUUAUUGACCCCCUACUUACCCAGGCGCCCCCUCAGAUCAAUAGAUACAACUCUUCUCGCGGUUCCCCGUUUACGGCGUGACAAAAGGUGAUCGUGCCUUUGCCAUCAGAGCCCCUAAACUCUUUGCCCACUGAAAUCAGACCUGCCCCAUCAUUAGCAUCUUUUAAAUCACUCCUUAAGAAUUUUUUUUAUUGGAAAGCUUUUGUGAGUAAUGAAUAGGUUGCUGUUGCUUUGUUUUAUGGACCCCCUGUGGCCUUUGUACUU